CCGCAAGCAUGGUUGGUAAGACCUCCGAUGUUGGCAGCGCGGAAGAGCAGAAGAAGCAUCUGGAUGGCGAGGAUCAUGAGAAGGGAGGCACUUUUGCAAAGCUGCGUGAAAAGCUGAAAGAUACAAAGCUUCACGAUGCCAAGGUCUCUGCCAUCCAUCUGAAGCAUCGCCUGGGAAAGUUUCAGAAUCUGGUCAACACAAAUCACCGGCACGAUGAGGAACACGAACAGAGGACUGAUGCCAAGCGAACAAAGAUUGCCGAGCGCCAUCGCUUUCAAAGCUUUGCGCCUGAGCGAGAUGGCAAUCUGAUCAAGUGGUACAUUGACGGACGCGACUACUUCCAUGCCGUAUCGGUGGCACUGGAGCGAGCCAAGGAAACCAUCUACAUCGAAGACUGGUGGCUGAGCCCGGAACUCUUCUUGAGAAGACCACCCUACCACAACCAGCAAUGGCGAUUGGACAACGUGCUCAAGCGUGCUGCAGAGAGAGGCGUCAAAAUCUAUGUCAUCGUCUACCGAGAGGUUCAACACGCGUUGACAUGCAAUUCCGAGCAUACCAAGAAGGCUCUGAUGGCGCUAUGCCCCGAAGGAACUCCGGGACAUGGCAAUAUCAGACUCAUGCGACAUCCCGACCACAACGUCCUGGAGAAUGCUUCUGAUAUGACGUUCUAUUGGGCUCAUCAUGAAAAGUUCAUCGUAAUCGACUACGAUCUUGCAUUCAUUGGAGGUCUGGAUCUUUGCUUCGGUCGAUGGGACAACCGCCAGCAUGUGCUUGCCGACGCACAUCCAGCUGGUGUGCAGAAUGAGAUGUUCCCGGGUCAAGACUUCAACAACAAUCGCAUCAUGGACUUCCAGAGUGUGCAAGAUUGGAAGAGCAAUGAGGUCUCGAAAGCGGAUUAUGGUAGGAUGCCAUGGCAUGAUGUGGCUAUGGGCGUCAUUGGACCUUGCAUUUACGAUAUCGCCGAGCAUUUUGUCCUGCGAUGGAAUUUUUGCAAGCGUGACAAGUACAAGCGCGAUGAAAGAUACGACUGGCUUACUCUGACAGGACGCACCGGCGAAGACGAGGACCUCAUCGGUGUGCAGAGACCUAAGCAUCCGGUCGGAGACUACGGUUACGGACCUUCCGAUAAGGUCGAUCAUGGUAUAGUCACCUCACAAGGCACGGUUCAUGCUCAAUUGGUACGAUCAUCUGCCGAUUGGUCAUCUGGUAUUCUCGCCGAGCAAAGCAUUCAAAACGCAUACUGCCAGGUCAUUAGGGAAGCAAAACACUAUGUUUACAUCGAGAACCAAUUCUUCAUCACUGCGACUGGUCCAAACCAGGCGCCGAUUCACAACCAAAUUGGUGGAGCCAUUGCGGAUGCCAUCAUCUCAGCGGCCAAGGAGAACCGAAAGUUCCGGGUCAUCAUCGUGAUUCCUGCUAUUCCCGGUUUCGCUGGUGAUCUACGAGACAACGCCGCAGCUGGUACCCGGGCCAUCAUGGACUACCAGUACAAGUCAAUCUGUCGUGGAGACGAAAGUAUCUUCGGCAAGGUAAAGGCUGCAGGCGUCGACCCAACUCAGUACAUGUACUGCUUCAACCUGCGCUCUUAUGACCGUCUCAACAAGACACCUAAGCUCAAAGAACAGGAGCAGAAGAGCGGUGUCACAUAUCAGGAGGUUCAGCGCGCUCAGGCCGAGGAGAUCAUGCCUGAGGGCGUCCAUGCAAGUGAAAGUGGUUUUAAGGCCCUGUUCAACAAAGGAAGACGAACGUCUUUGGACCUUGACGAGAAAGACAAAAUUCAUCCAGAAGAUGAAAAUGACGACGCUACUGUACUCGCAGACAAGAAGCGAAGAUUUGAGGAACACCAGCACCAAAACAUGGACGAUCAUGUCCAGAGUCAGGACAGUAUCGCUCAUGAUGCUUUGCUGGGCCAGAAGAAGCCGAGCGAGGAGCAGUAUGCCGGUCGUAAGGAAGAUGAGCUGGAGAACUUUGUGCAAGAAGAGCUUUACAUCCACAGCAAGCUCCUCAUUGCAGACGACCGAAUCGCCAUCUGCGGCUCAUCCAACAUCAACGACCGAAGUCAAAUCGGCUUCCACGAUUCCGAGCUCAGUAUCGUCAUGGAAGACACGCUACCCCUUCCAUCCCGCAUGAACGGCGAAGAAUUCACAGCCGGCCACCACGCCGCCACUCUCCGCCGCAUGCUCUGGCGCGAACAUCUCGGCCUCCUACCACCCCACCCCCUCGACGCCGAAAACGACAUCAACGCCCAACCCCCCGGCGACGCCGACAACGACUGGUACCACAACGACGAAUGGGACGAAUUCAUCCAAGACCCGCUCUCGGACUCGCUCUGGGAAAUGUGGACGCAGAACGCCACCAUCAACACGAAAGUCUUUCGCCACAUUUUCCACGCCGACCCGGACGAUAACGUCAAGACUUUUGAGGAGUAUGAUAAGUUUCUGGGAUCCAAGGGGUCGAGGAAAGCUGGACAUGUGUUUGAUGAAUUUCAACCGGUGGAGGUGGUGAGGCAGGAACUGGAUAAGAUUCGGGGGCAUUUGGUUUGGAUGCCUCUCAGGUUUUUGGAGGGGGCGGAACUUGCUGAGAGGGGGUUGCAGGUUAAUUCUAUUACGGAGAGUGUGUAUACUUAAAAAAAAAAAGAACUCAUGCGUACAAUGCUCGCUGAAAUGCAACAUCCAUAAUACACAUCACAGAGAGACCUCUUACUACUACUACUACUGCUCCCUCCAUCCCUCGACAAGUACGACUGGUCCUUUAUACACAUGUCGCGCCCUGAGAACCCAAUCAAUCGCCGCGAUUAUCGCCACAACAAUGAACAUCAACACACUCCAAUUGAAAUCCACCAAACUGGGCUGAUACACAUUCGGCCAGAAACACCAAAAGAAGCAAAAAGUACUAUACGCCAAACCCCCAGAAUUAAUCGCAACACCCCAUUUCCCCAAACUCCAUCUCGCUUUGGGGAGAAGUUCCGGUUGGUAGAUGCGUCGAUAUAGAACGCAAGCGAUGGAGAUCUGAUAUGUGAUCAUCAGGGAGACGAGGUUUAGGGAUAUGAUGGCGUUGAAAGCCACGUCGGAGCCGAAGUUGAUGAAGGAGAGGACGAUGGUAAAGCCGCAGGUGAAGAUGACGGAGUUCGCGGGGACUUCGAGGUUGACGUUGACUUUUGCGAGCCAAUUCGAGAAGGGGAGGCCUUGGUCACGGGCGAAAGACCAGGUUUGGCGGGAUGUGCUGAGGUUGUAGGAGAGGGUUCCGGCGAAGAUUAGGAUUAUGACGAUUGAGGCGAGGGCGUUGACGGCGGGGAGGGAGAAGGCGUUUUUGAAGACGUAGAGGAAUGGGUAGCCGGUUUCGUCGUUGAGAGCGCCUUCGAGAUCUACGACGCUGAAGAG